CAUACUCCCUUCCUCGUCUUAUUUAUUUAUGUCAACUAUUUUAACCCCCCCGCCAACAACAAACUCUGCCCCGUCAUAUACCCCGUCCGCACGAGCAUGGUCACCACAUUGGCCACCUCGUCCGGCGUCCCCAGCCUUCCGAGCGGGAUGGACGCCGCUACCUCGGGGAUCGCGCUCGCGCCGGGGAUCAUGCCCGUGUCGCCGAUCAUGGCCGGGGCGACGUCGUUGACGCUGAUGUUGAACUCGGCCAGGCGGGUGGAGAGAUUGCGCAUCAUGCCGGUUAGGCCGCCUUUGGAGGCUGCGUAG